AUGGCCCUCAAGACCCUCUCCGCAAAGGCAGCUACUGCUCUUGACCAGGAGCUCAUGAGCACCUGCGCCUUCUCACUCGACCAGUUGAUGGAGCUUGCUGGACUAUCAGUCUCACAAGCUGGCGGCGAUGGUCUUGUCGCUGCUAGACACCUCCGACACUAUGGGUACCAGCCAUCGGUUUACUACCCCAAACGAGGCAAAAAUGAACUCUACCAGCGUCUGACAAAGCAGCUCGAGGACCUCGAGGUUCCUUUCGUGGAUGACUUUAAAGCUGCCCUAAGCGCGUCCGAUCAUGUGGUGGACGCUAUAUUUGGCUUCAGCUUCUCUGGUGAAGUCCGUGAGCCAUUCCCGGCUAUCAUCAGGGCUUUGGCAGAGACAAAGGUCCCAGUGACCUCAGUCGAUGCGCCCUCGUCGUGGGAUAUCGAGAAUGGCCCACCAGAGCCUGGACAAGUUGGGUCAAACUUCAACCCUGCAGUCCUAGUCAGCCUAACCGCGCCAAAGCCUCUGGCCAAACACUUCAAAGGCCGUCAUUUUGUCGGUGGCAGAGGCCUCGUGUUUGCUCAAAGUAUUGCACUUGUCGAUUCAGGAGAGAGGCAUGACAUGAUCCUCACCAACUGCAGGUUUGUCACGCCGGCGAUCGCGACAAAAUACGACCUCGACUUGCCCGAAUAUGACGGGAUCGACCAGAUCGCCGAAGUUGCAGCGGACAGCGCCAGCACCGAAAAACUCUGA